GUUUUACUUCAUCUUGUUCCUAAAACUCAUGUUUUUUUUAUAAUUAUUUGUCUCGCAAGCUCGGGCUGUCGGUGGUGCUUUUGAAGCCGGAUCUAUAAGCCUUCCGUUCGUCUUGGUGGAACAACACUGCAACUAAAUUAUUUUGAUCUGCUAUUUUCGGAAUGGGUUAGGGUUUCUUUGUUUGGUCAGUAGCUGCAGAGUGUACUUUCGAAGGUGAAGGGUAUUUUCACCAGGGAGUCUUUGGGCCAAAGUUGCAUUCUUCAUUGCGUUUUAUGAGAAUAAUUUUUUUUUUUGGAUAUUUUUGGAGUAAUGAGCUUCUUCAUUAACUGUUAGUGAAUAUGACAAGUGGAGGAGACAAAUAUUUUGUGAUUGAUGUGGAACGUUCUACUAAUGCUGCUAUUGAGAAUGGGUACAAUGUUGGAGAGGGUAAGAAUUUUUCUUAUAAGGAAUGGAGCGGUCUAGUUCUCUGUGAUCGGGCAAUUAGAGAUGAAGAAGCUGUGAGCUUUGAGCCUAAGUUGCAUAAUUGUGCUGAGCUUCGGCUGGAGAUUGGGGAGGCUUUGUUAGUGGACAAGAGGGUUGUAGGGGAUGACAAAGUUCAAAAGUUUUUGAGAUCUGAGAAGCCUAAGAAAAAGGGAUGUGCAAAACCUCCUAAGCCUCCCCGUCCUCCCUGCUCACUGACACUGGAUUUGGCUGACCAGAAGCUCAUAAAGGAGAUUUCAGAUCUUAUGAUGUUGAAGAAGGCUAGGGCUGAUAGAGUGAAGGCAUUGAAAAAGAUCAAGAAUGGAAAAUCAGCUUCAUCUUCUGCUGGAAACACUUUUGCUCUGGUUAUCUCUAUUAUUUUCUGCAUUGUGAUAUUUUGGCAAGGAGUCUUUUCGAAUGGCAGCUCAAACUCGGCCUUUCUAGGAUCUCCACAAUCAUCAAUUGGAACCGCCACUAACAGCAACAACAGCAGCAGCAUCAUUUCAUUUCAGUUUUUCCGCAAUGCCUCGAACGGUUGGUCAAGCUGAGAUUCCAUCAAAUAUGCUUGUAAUUGUUUUGUUAUUGCCUUAUUAUGACAAUUCUCGUUGGACUCCUCUGGAUGCUUAAUACUUGGAUGCUAAACGCUUCUUUUCUUUUUCUUCAUUCUGAUAUGAAUGCAAGACAUGAAUCUGAAAGGGAGACAUUCUAUUAAAAGAAUGGGAAGCAGCUUAGCGGCCAGAAGCUUUGGAUUCAAACUCCUUCAUUAAUCUGGAGCCAGACUAUAUUUGACGGUAUGCACGGGUACAUGCCUCGAUGAGCCUGCACUGUGUGCCUGAACUUGAGCAUAAUAAUGUAGGUAUAGGAAUUUUUUAUGACGGUGAUAGCAAGCUGUUCAUUUCUCGGUUCUUUUUGCCUCACGUUGGUAUUAUUGGCCAUUUCUGGACGAUGUUUAUGUUAUUAUUGUUUUAUUUCAUUUUCAUCUAUAAUUGAUGGGAUUACUCGGAAGCUUGCAUUAGCAUGCACGUUUCAACAAAUGGCCAGGUUCAAAUUAUUCAGGGCUGCGUGAAACUGAGAAAAUAAACUAAUAGAGGAUUAACAGCGGCAACGCCAUCACUCUUUGCACAUUUACAGGCUAAAAAAAGUAACCUUUUGAAUUGAAAAUGGAGAAAGAUGAGUUGGUGAAGAUCCAAUUCCUCUCCCUUGUGCAACAAGUACAUCAGCAAUGUAAGCAAAUGAAUUUGAAUUUAUUAUUUUUUUGUUGAAUAACUUGUUGGAUGUUUGGUUAUUGUUUAUUU